UGCGCGGUUGCCCCUUUUUAUAACGCGGGCACCAAAAGCAUUCCAAGAAGAAGAGAGAGCGUUCUUGACGGAAGCGGCGUAGGCGACGGCGGCAGCGUCUUGGCGCAAGGCUUGGAUUCGUGCGAUAUUUCGUCCUGGGGAAAGGCGAGGAUCCGGUUUUCUUCACAUUCGAGCGGAUUGAAUGUUUUAAUGGCGUCGACGCGUGAUUCUAGUAAAUCUAAACGCGACUCUGUCCAAUACGAGUCUCCUCUCGGCUACAAGAUUGAGGACAUCAGGCCUGACGGUGAUAUUGAAAAGUUCCGCUGCGCUGCCUACUCAAACUUCGUCCGAAAACCAUCCUGAUACCCCCCAGAAAGAAGAGCCAGUAGAGUAGGCUAGGGCCUUCCCCUCGUCAAAUCCUUUGCUUGGAGUCUCCUUUACCUCUUGGAGCUGGUCUGCGGCAUGCUGCACGGUGGCAGAUCAGCUCCCUGCUCUCGGGAGCAGCAUUCUUCCCGCUAGCUAGCUAGCUCUUUAGCCGGUCUCUCCUCUCUUUUUUCUCCCCUCCGUCUCCUCUCACAAGCCAAGAUGGGUGUCUCUUUCAUUCCCGCUGAUGAAGUCAUGGAGCCUGUUGUUGCCAGUCCUGGGUUUGAGGGGUUUGAGAAGAGGCUUGAGGUGGAAUUCUGGGAUCCUCUUGGUUUUGCCAAUCCGAGUGGUCUGCGAGCAAUCCCCCGCAAUGAGAUUGACACCAUGCUGUCAGCGGCCGAGUGCACUAUUGUCUCUGCUUUGAGCAACAGUCAGUUUGAUUCCUACGUGCUGUCUGAGUCAAGCCUCUUCGUCUAUCCUUCCAAAAUCGUCAUCAAAACCUGUGGAACCACGCAGCUCUUGAAGGCCAUCCCCCUGCUUCUCAAGUCGGCCUCGUUUAUCUCCCUGGAAGCCUGCCGCUGCAAGUAUAGCCGAGGAACUUUUAUCUUUCCCAGUGCCCAGCCUUCGCCUUAUGGAAACUUUAACGAGGAGGUGGUGAUCCUGGAGAAGUACUUUGGUCACCUUGGAAACGGAGGCAAGGCUUGCGUCAUGAGUGACGCCUCUAAGAUGCACAACUGGCACGUUUAUGUUGCUGCGUCGGAAGUGGCCCCCUUGAGCUCUGAGACAUACACAAUGGAGAUGUGCAUGACGCAGCUUGAUCGCUCUUCGGCAGCUCUCUUCUACAAGUCGCCGUUCUACCGGUCAGCUGCUGACAUGACUCUCCUGUCCGGCAUCCGGAACCUCCUGCCUCACUCGGAGAUAUGCGACUUUGCCUUUGAUCCCUGCGGCUACUCAAUGAACAGCGUCGAAGGCAACGCCCACUCGACCAUACACAUAACUCCGGAGGAUGGUUUCAGCUACGCAAGUUUCGAGACCAUGGGUUACAGCCCGAGCAUGCUCGACUUGGGAAGCUUGGUGGACAGAGUGCUCGGCUGUUUCAAACCGGCAGUUUUCAGCAUCUCGCUCUCGACGGCUGGACUCUGCCACUCACAGGACGCUGGGUCCUGGGGGGUGCCGGUUUGUCCACGAGGCUACGUGUGCAGUGGGACUACUCGCCAUGAAAUGCCCGGGGGGAGCUUCGUGGUGUACCACACUUAUACGAGGAUCUUAGGUGGCGACUCGACAGUGAUGCCGCUUGCUCUGUUCCCGGCACUGGAGAAGGUGGCGAGCAAUGGUUACAAGAGCAAGAACAGCGAAGCAUCUUUGAAGCCGUUUCUGUACGGUGUGCAGCCCUUACGUGAAAGUGGUGGGGCGGAGGUCAUCGGUCCUACUGCCAGGGACAUGGAUUCAUUCAUCAGGAAGAAGAUCCAGUCCACGGGCCGAGAGGAUGCGUUCUAUGUUCUUGACUUGGCAACUGUUACUAGGCUGUGGAAGAUUUGGAAGUCGGCCAUGCCGAGAGUUCACCCCUUCUACGCGGUCAAGUGCAACCCCGACCCGCAGCUCCUGUCCAUGCUGGCGGCACUGGGAGCCGGUUUCGACGUUGCGAGCAAGGCAGAGCUGGAAGCUGUGACACAACUCGGGGUGGCGCCACGAAACAUUAUAUUUGCGAAUCCCUGCAAGCUUCCUUCGCAUAUCACUGAAGCUGCUAAGGCGGGGGUGGUGUACACGACGUUUGAUUCCGAGGGAGAGCUCUACAAGCUUAAGAAGUACCAUCCACAGGCGGAGGUUCUCCUGAGGUUCCGUGCCGACGACACCGGUGCUCGCUGCCCGCUGGGCGUCAAGUAUGGUGCCGAGUGGGACGAGUGCUAUCAUCUGCUGGAGGUGGCCAAGACGCUGGGCAUCAAAGUCGCAGGUGUGGCCUUCCACGUCGGGAGCGGUGCCUCGGACGUGAAUGCCUUUGCGGAGGGCAUCAAAGCCGCGAGGAAGCUGUUCGACAUGGCCGAGAGCUUGGGUCUCCCGAGGAUGACAAUGCUGGACAUCGGUGGCGGGUUCGUGUCGGAUGGAGGAGCCGGGGUCAAGUUCGCGGCCGCGGCGUACGAGAUUGGCAACGCGCUGGAGGAGCACUUCCCGCGGGAGACGAUGGCGGACGUGAGGAUCAUCGGCGAGCCGGGCAGGUUCUUCGCGGAGGAGGCCUUCAGCCUGGCGGUGCUCGUGUUUGGCUGCCGGGUCCGGAGGCGCGAGGAAGGCAACAAGACGGUGGUUGAGUACUGGAUCAACGAUGGCAUCUACGGCUCCAUGAAUUGCUUGCUGUACGACCACGCAACGCUCUCGGUACGGGCGCUUCCAGUGGCGAGCAGUGGCGGUGGCAGCAGUGGUAGCAGCAGCGGCAGUGAUUGCGAAAGCUCGUCCGAGGAUGAGGAGGACGAUGCGCCGCUGCUGGACGUGGAGCUCCAUCCCUCCAUCAUCUUUGGGCCGACAUGCGAUGGACUGGACACGGUGCUGAGCGAUGUGUGGCUUCCGCGGCUCCAGUGUGGGGACUGGCUCGUGUUCCCUCGCAUGGGGGCUUACACCAAGAGCGCUGGAUCCAGCUUCAAUGGCUUCGCGGUUCCAGACGCUACGUUCUACGUUCACUGUGGAGCAGCGCCAGAGAUGUGAUCGUUCGUCCGAGUUUUUCUUGUGUGUUUCUUUUUUCCGGGGAGCGUUUGAUCGGUUUUGAGGCGCUCCUCGCGUUUUCGUUUCUUUUCCUUGUUUGCUUCUUUCUUUGAAAAAUAAAAUUUGUAGUUUAGGAUAUCCGUUUGCU